AUGCUGCACUCACAGAAAGAGCAACGAAAAGUUGCUUUCCAGCAGAUGGUCGUACCGCAGCAUCGUCUUGUCCGAGUUGGUGGUCGAAGAGGGCUGGGCGGCUUCAGUGAUGAACAGUUGCAGACGGCUUUUGCCUUAAGACCGUCUACUUGGCAUGGGAACAGACUACUUUGUGCCGUGGUGAUGGCUUGGCUUCGUUGUGAUCAAAGGGCACACCUUGUCUGUGGACUAUACCGCUUUCUUUCACAGUGGGACUCACAUAAUGAGAAUUUCGCCGAUGGCAGCGAGAUAAUGGUGGAGUUCUGA